ACUGUUGGCAAGCAUUCUUUUUUGUCUAUUUUUGUUCGUGUGUCAUUUAUUGAUAGCCUAAUUUAUAAAUGGCAAGUAUUGGAAGGAAUAAUCUUGUCUGAAUUUUAGACUCAUCAAAAUUCAGCAUUGUCUACUUUUGUCUAUCACUGCCUGUUUCUUUGUGUCAACAUUUGUUGUCAUUGUCCAUUAUGUUACCUCAAGAAACUUCACAGUUGCUUUUUAUCCUUCUAUAAAUUUGACAUUUUGCCAUGAUUUCAGUAAUUCCAACUAGAUGUUUGUUGUUUCAAGAUCUGGUAUUUCUGUUGUUUAUUGCAGCAAAUUUAUUUGUCUUUUCAAGAUUUAAUGGACCUGAAGGGACUUAGUGAAAAUCACCUUGAUAUAUUUCGCAAGCACAGGUUCUAUUUUUGUCAUCACAAUUCUAUUGUCUUAGUCUUUGGAACAUAAGUAUUUAUUUUGUCUUGAUGCAAAUGAUGCUGCUUCCUGUUGAACUUUACAUUUUGACCUAAACUUCUGGGUUUCUCAUCCUUCUAAUUAAUUUACCCAGAAUUUCAGUCACUAGAAGUUAACUCCUUCUUUCCAGACAUUGUUUGGCUCAAAUGAUCAAACCAGAAGAAAUAGGUAGAGUAUUUUUAAUAAGAAGACUAACUCAAAGACUUCAGUAUCUCCCAUCUAUUUUUUAAAGAUUAUAUAAUGCAACAAUUGCUUACAGAGAUGUUUUCUUCAUUGGUUUGUCAGCCAGGCGGUUGCUGUUCUACUUAUGACUACGCUUAAAUUGUGUCUUUCCAGCCUUUAGCAUAUGAAUUCAUAGAAAAAGGGUGCCAGUGAUAUAGAGAGAUAAAAUCAGUUUUCUGGUUGUAUUUUUUUGAGAGACUGCCUUUUCUGCUGAUCUCUUAAAAUUCAAACUGUGGCUAUCCAAAGGUCAGAUCUGACACCUGAGGUUUUGCUGGGGCAGAGAACCAGCUUGACAGAAACAUUUUGCUGAUUUACCAGUAUUGAUAAGCUUUGUGAUAACAGCAGGAGGAGAGUUUGUGGAAAGAUUCUCCACACAAGCACUUUCAUUCAGAAGAGUUCUGGUUGUCUGAAAAAACUAGUAUAAAUUAAUUUGCAUGAACACUGUAUUGCUUCUGUGAUAUCCUGUGAAGGUAGAAAAGUGCCUAUGGACAAUUUCUUCGCAUGGAUUUAGGCCCACUCACAACUCCCAAAGAGAGAGGGAUGGUCCAGUCUGGUUAGUGGCAGAAGCUGAGGGCCUCUAAGAAACCCAGAAAGAGUUCUACUUUCCUAUCUGGCUACUCUUGAUUAAUCCUUACUGUUGAAUUUAGAGGUAAUUAAUGGGAAAUACUUCCACCCCCAGUCAUGAUUUAAGCUGGCCAUCUGUCUUCUGAGAAUAGAUGUUAACAGAGCAGAAACAGCUCUGAUGAUAGAAAAAAAAUCUGAAUGCAUGCUGCACCCCCGCUCAGUUCUUCAUUCUCAGGCUGGCCUUGUGGUUAGAGCAGUCAUUAGGAAACUGGUGACCUCCCUUGCCCUGAAGAAGAAUGUGCUCCCCCAGCUUCUCCUAGGACACUUUCUGCUUCUUCUGAGGCACCUGGCUGAAUUUGUACCUGGUAGUAAAGAUUUGCCUCUUGGAAGCAAAUGUGUGAGAGCCCAACCCACUUAAAAGGAGUCAGAGCCUCAGAAUAUAAAUUUCUUAUUAAUGUCCAUCCCCUAAACGGCUAGAGCCACUAGUAUUCACUACUAGCCACUAAUAUUCACUCUUGGCCGUUCUCUGUUUUCCUCAUGACUUAUAAGUUCCGAACAAGUUACAUUGCAGUUUCAGGAUACAGAAUGGAGUGUUCUUCCUCAGAUGUAGAAGCCCUUACAGACCUUAGAACCUGGUUUCUGCUUAAUUUUCUGACUGAAAGCCUUGUCUGGGCUUUGUGGAUUGUUCUCAGUUUGAGUUGUAAAUCACUUUUCUUUUAUGAAUCUUGGUACUGUCUGGGAGUGCAGUGUCUGACCCAACCAACUCCAUGUCACCCACCUGUCCUGUGACAUCUGCAGCAGUGGGAAUGUCUGCACUGAGGCUGCUGAGGCAGUAUGAAACACCCUUGGCUUGGCCUAGCCUAUGAUCCAUGUGUUACCUAGUGUGCCACUCUGUAAUGUCCCCUGAGGAUGUCAGGCAAUUUUUUUAAGAUACAAGAGCCUCAAGAUCCUCACUGAGCUAAUCAGUGCUCUGGACAGAGGGUGUGACCCUCACUUGUGCAAUUGUCUGACCAAACAUUUAGAGUUGCCUGCACGUGCUUGGGAGUCCAGUACACAGUGCACACUUACUCUGGAAUCAAGAGUAUGUGAGGGCUUACCUGCCAUGAUUUGUCAGUCUUUGCAGGAUGAAUAUUCACUGAACUCAUGCAUUUUUUCAAUUUCUUUCAUAAUUUCUAUUACUUACUUCUACAUUAGGGAUGUUUAUAUACCCUGAGAGAUACCAACAUGUCCACAUUAGGUGAUAAAACAAAGUGUACUUGAAUUUUUCUUAUUUUACACUUACUUGCUUCAGCUGCUCUUUUGUAAAUAGAAAGGAGGUGAAAUAUGGUAUCUCCUUCAUGCUGAGGUAUAGUUUCCACAGCAGUGGAAGGACCCAGAAGUGCCCAAAUCUGCUGCUUUUGCAUGCACGUUUUUCCCAAAUUCUCCACUUUAAUGCAAACGGAGCCUGCAGUUGAGGCAGUGGCCCUGCCAAGCUGUGCAAGGUGUCUCCAGUCUAGACUUUGCCUCUGUGGAACAACCGUUCCUUCAUAUCUCACUGGCAAUUUGAGCACGAGGCAGGUUUCAUUUCCUUUUGCGGUCGCAGGGUGCAGAGUGACCAGCUAGCACAACCCGGAAGGUGAAGCGAUGAGCAGUGAGGCCACGCCUGUGACAGAAGACCAUGGCUCCAGGGAAGUGCUGCCUGAGCAGGAUACCCACAGGCCCUAAUGUCCAGCCUAGAAGGUUUUUCUGCUCCAAAGUAAGAACAAAGGGGAGGAAAUGAGCAAACUUUCCCAAAAGCACUACUUGAGACCUUACAGGAACAAAUCUCCAGACUGCGGGAAUUCCAGAUUUCAUGGAAAAAUAAUUUCUCUUUUGGCUCUUAGCAGAAUUAUUAAUCACCGUUCUUGUGAGAUGAAAUUGCACAACUGAAAAAAACCAAAAAAGGAAUAUAAAUUCAAGUGAGAGUUACCUACACUUUUGCAUUUCUUCCGUUUCCCUGUUUAUGUAAGAAAAAAACAGCUAUCAUACCAGCUUGCACAACUUCCCCCACCCACCAGCCCCAGGUCUUUAUCCUAUUGCUAACCAAAAGCACAAGCCAUCAAUAAUGGGUGAAGAAGGGGAUGGUAAACUCUGCCAGUGUCAAUGACAGGGGAUGGACAGCCUCAGUUUGAGGCAGAUUUUCCAACAGCAUCUUACAUGGUGAUCAGUGUGCUUCUCCUUGAGUCAUGCCUCUUGAAACCAACUGUGAAUUUACUUUAAAAACUUCACAUGACAAUUAGUUUUGGGUUUUUACUUAUGUGAAAGAGUAGUGUUUUCUGCUUCAACUGUAUGUCUGAUCAUUUCCCUGUUUCCUUUCUCAUGAGAGGUAAUGAAAAAUAGUUUCCAGUGUAAUUUUUCCUGGUGCUAAAAGUCCUCCUCUUUCUCAGCCAAAGAGUGACAGACAAUUUUGGUUUAUUCUUGCAGCAAAAGCCCUCUUUGCCUCUGAUACCCUUAUUGCUCUAUUUAAUAACUUAUUUUCAUGCUACAAUAUCUUUUUUGUCAGUUGAGACCAGAAUCACACCCCAUGCUCAAGAUAAGGAUAUGUUGCACUACUAUAAUAACAUUUCCUGUUUUGUUCUCUGUUCUUUUGCUAGUAACUCUUCACAACCUCUUUGCCCUCUUGGUAGCUUCUGAACAUCAGGCUUUUUUUGCAGAGAAAAUCCAAAAUUACCUCAAAUGUCCUUUCCAUGUAGCAAAAGAUGAUCACUUUGUGUGUUUGUAGGAUUAUUUCCCUGAGAAUAGGACUUUGUUUAGUUCAACAGCUGAAAGAAACCAAAUAAAGCUGGAGGAUACCUGAUCUCAUGGCAUUUCCCAAGAAAAUUUAUCUACUGUCCCAAAGCAAUCAUUCUGCUACAGAACUGACUGGCAUUUCAGUUAGUUUCACAGGAUCUAGGAAACUUCCAACGUUUGGGCCUCAUCCUGGAGCCUCAGUCCUGGACUGGUGUGUUUGGAAGAGACAAGUAGAGAGUAUGGCUUUUGGAUUCUGGCAUGUGAGGCUGAGAUGUGGUGCAGGAGGACAGGGAGGUGCACCUGCUCGUGUCUCGUGAAGAGCACACUCUUCACUGCUGACGUGGGAGGUCUCAGACCAGCUUGUUUCUGUAGGCUGUCAGCUGCAGAGGAGACCUUCAGGAAGUUUGGCCUAUGGCCAUGGACCCUGAGAACAAUCGGGCAGGAGUGCUUGAAGCCUUCAGCUCUUUGAAAGCACUGAGGGCCUCAGAAGCUGCUAGCAGCCUGCAAGCUCUGCUGCUGGCUAUGGAGAUGAGGCGGAACACAGAUGCUUACAAUUGAAAUUAUGGAUAUGAAGUAGCCAAGAACUGACCUCCACAUCUGGCUUAACACACACUGAGGACUUGUAUUUCUAGUGUAGGCCUUGAUUAGCUGUGGGUUAACCUCCCUAUGGAGGAAGCAGGAGCUUGGGCUCCACUGCCUCAGAGAACUGCCUCACAGAAGUCAUGGACCCAAAAUCUGAAGAAUAACUUACUUUAAACAAUGUUUGUCUUAUGUUGACUCCAUCAUUCAUCAUUGUUUUCCUGUGGAACUGUGGAUUGCCCAUAUUAUAAUGCCUACAUGCUAUGGGGAAAACACAUGGGGUAGAGUUUCUGCUGUGUCUUGCCUGCAAUGUGUGCUUCUUACCGGCACCUUGCAGGACAAAUUUUUGAACAAAGAUUCACAGAUCUGUGAAGAAGUCCUGGUGAAGACCUGCCUGCAUUUUCAACAGGCCAUAGUUACACAUAGGUUCUUUUCCAUGUAGAAUCCUAGAGAAAUUAGGAUUUUGGCCUGGCUGACAAUGGGAAAGUGUGUAAUUGAUACACCAAGACUGUGUUAUCUGGUGGUAGUAGGCAUGGUGACUAUGGAUAAGAAUAAAUAGCUCAUUUUAUAUUGAUGGGAAAAGAAGAUUGGCUCCUGGAACAGCUCAUCUCCGAGGAAAGCUUGCAGGAUAUCAUGUGGAGAGCUGUAAGAAGGUUUUUGAUAGAGAAAGGAUUCUUGGUUAGUGAGGGAAGGCAAAACAGAUUAUGUUGAGUUUCUGUUUUCAUGGUGGAGAAACAAGCCUGAAAUCUGGGGUAAUAGGUGCUAAAAGGCACUCUGCAUGCCACUUGGUAUCUCUACAGUUUACAGAGGUAGGCAACAGUCGAUAUUCUCAGAAUUUCUUAAAGCUGGCCAAACUAGGAACAUAGAGUACAAUUAACAGCCCACUUUCUGACAUAAUCUAGCCUAAUUUCCAUGUGAGUAGCUGCCAAAAGCCAGACCCAGAGAAAGUUUUCAAAUUCGCAGCCCUCCCUGCUUUGACAGGUGCUCUAAGAUCUAGGAAUUAAGUGCUCUAAGCAUUUGUGAACUCUAGCAAAGGAGUCCUUGACAUUUGGAUACCUCCUACUUCAACUAUGCAAAAACUAAAAAAUACAUUGAUUUUUUUAUUAUAGAAAAAAAAUUAACUUGGGUGAUAUUUCAUUUUUAUGAGAAGGCUUGUUUUUUCUUUCCAAAAUACUUUAAACUUUCAGGGAACGCAAACUCUAAGUUGCAGCCAGAUCUGAUGAAUGCAAUUAGAUAAUAUUAAAGAGAAAAACAGUUCUUCCAAAAACCCAGUCCCUAACCUAGAGGAAAAAAAAAGAUAUUUUCCUAAGUAGCGGUAUUGUAAAUUUUUUUAAAAUAACCGAAGCUCUGCUUUUGCACGCUGUCAGUAUGUCAUGACCCUCUUCUCUCAGUAGGACAUUAACUUCCAGUAAUUCAUAUGCAUUAAGGAAGAAACAAGACUAUUUAGUAAGAUGUCUUUAUAAACAAUAUAAUUUGUCAAGAAAUUAUCUUCAGUUACUUUCCAGGGAAUUGAAAUUCAUUUUAGUUGUGUAAAUCAAUAACAAUUGUGUCUUAUGCAUCCAAGUUAUGAUUUCCAGAAUGUCACGCAUUUGUAGAUAUGUCUUCCUAAGAAAUUGUGUAGAAAAAACUUCUUUGUUCUCAUGGAUGAGGUCAGAUAAGAACAACAGUGAUGUGCUAAAUGUUUCCAGAGCAAAGAAAAAUGGAGUGGGUGCUGCAUGGAAGGAAGUUAGCUUCCCAUGCACUCUGACAGGAGUGUUGGCUUUAAGGACCUGGGAGGUCUGGAAUGGGUCUAUGAUGCUGCACUAAGAACUGGCCUCUUUAACCUAAAUUUGGAAGAUUUCACUUAUGGACAUCUUGUUUCUGCCCUGAAGUUAUUUGGUUACUUCAGAGUUGUGUAUAAACUUAGGAUAAGCUUUUGUGUAUAAACUUAGCAUAGGCUUCUUGCCCAAAGAUAAUUGCCUGUUCAGACUCAUCAUCACCUCUGUUCUGAAAGGCAUUCUGGCAUCUAAGGACAGGACCACCUGUGGGGAUGGAAGAUUCUGGAGCCUCAGCAAAGUGUUUUUAUUUCUGUAAGAGCAACAGAUGUGCUGCACAGAUCCUUUCUGUGGUAUGGCUUGUGGGCUUCCCAUGGGGAUCCUGCUGGUGGCCUGGUGACAUUCAGCCAUUCAGAACAGCUGCUGUUAUUUUCAUUCUGGCUGGCUGUAUGCAGACCCUGUGGGAUGACAGUGCAGCUGCUUUCAUUUUGGGGCAAGGCAUGAAGCAGAGAAAUUUAUAAUUUCUUUAGAAGAAGAAACUGGUUUUAAGAUACAAAGGCUUUGUUAGUGAUGUUAUGGUUUUUGUUUGAAUAUUGUCCUUGGCCUGACAAGCAUAACUAUCAUUGUUAGAUCUUUUAUAAACUGCUGGUGAUCAAAUAGCAUACCAAAUAAUGUAUCAACAUGUGAGGCAAAGGAAAUACUUGCCCUCCACAUAAAAAUGUACAGAUAUGAUUCUGGUUACUCUAGCCAAUUACUUCUGUCAAGAUAGUCACCUCUAUUUUACAUCCUCUGAACUUUAAUACCCUAUCUGGCAACUACAGUGGAUUUGAAAACCUUAUAAGAUACUUAAUAUUUCUGGCUUGGUGGGAUGAAGGAGUGAGAUGAGUAGGGUAAAAAUACUGAUGGCUUUGUAAAACUUAAAUUCUUAUUAAUUCUUUGCUGUCUAAUGCAUGCCCUCACUUACUGCUGUGUGGGAGCCUGCAAUGCCAAUUGAGCUUGCCUGGCCACCACGGCCCCACCAAGCUGCUCAAUUACCCUCUCAAUAGGAUAGGGGGAGGAAAUAAUACUGCAAAAAGUCCAUGGGUUGAGAAAAGAACAGGUGGAUGACUUACCAAUUACCAUCAAAGGCAAAUCAGACUCAACUUGGGGAAAUUAUUUUAAUUUGCCAAUUAUUAACAGAGUAGAAUAGUGAGAAAAACUAAUCCCAUCCUCUCCCAGCCCCUCCCUUUUUCCCAGGCUGAAUUUCUCUUCCAAGUCUGUUACCUCCUCCUCCAAAGUAACACAGAGGGAUGGGAAACAGGGGUUGUGGUCAGUUCAUAACAUUUUGAACUUCUUUUUCACACUAUUUCCCUACUGCAAGAGGGGUGUUCCUCUCUUAGGAGACACCUCACAAACUUCUCCAGUGUGGGGCUUCCCAUGGGUAAGAGCGUUUCACAAACAGGUCUAGUGUGGGUCUUUACAUGGACUGCAGCAGGAAUAGACUGCUCCAGUUAGUGUCACCUUCCAGAACACCUCCUUUUACAUGGGCUUCCCUGUGGCCAGUGUUCCUGCCAGGAACCUGCUCCAGCAUGGACUCUCCAUGGACUGCAUCUUCCUUCAGGUCACAUCCACCUGCUCCAGUGUGGCAUUCUCCAUGGGCUGCAGGAGGAUAUACUGUGUCAUCAUGACUUUCCCCAUGGUCUGAAAGGGAAUCUUGGCUCCAGCACCUGGAGCACCUCCUCUCCCUCCUUGUUGUCUCAGCCCUUGCUCACAGUUGCUGUGGAGCAGUUUUUACCUUUUCUCAAAUAUGUUCCCACGGAGUACUUACCAAUGUCGCAGACGAGCUCGGGUGUGGCCAGUGUGGUCUCUUUGGGAGCUGGCUGGAACUGGCUCUGGUCAACAUGGGGGCAGCUCUGGGUGUCUUCUCACAGAAAUCACCUCUGUACCCUCCCAAGUUUUGCCAAACCCAAUACACCCUGGUUUGGAAUGUAUCCACCAACAGUGUCUUCUUGGGAUAACUGUCUCAAACCUCUCAAUGACAGAAACCAUCAGAGCUAUUUGGGGACCAGCCCCUCCAUCACCCACAAUGUGGAUGGUACCAGGGCUGCAUGAUAAUGAUAAAGGCUGGAGGAAACCUUUUCCUUGGAAACAGUCCAUCUCUAUUAGAAUACUAUAAACCUUGAAAAAUGUUUCUAAGUUCCCUUUACACAGAGCAUGAGAUGCCUUUGCUAGCCACAAGAAGGGCACCAUGACACAGAUGAACAGGAAGAACCCUGAAACCUCAGGAGGGUGGAUCCCCACCAGCCAAAAAAACUUUAGACCUGCCGCAGGUGCGGGCACAACCCAAACCCUGCCAUCCCACAAUUCCAUCAGAGCCCCCUGGGGUGGCCUCAAUAAAUGGAGUUAAUGAAACCUUUCCUGCUAGCGUCACUUGUGUCUGAAUGUUUCCCUGCUGUGUCCCCUAACAGUCUGCAAGCAGGGUGCAAAAACUGUAAAUGUUUCCUGGUGAAUAGAGUCAGAUAUUAGGCAAGCAAGGCUAAUAUGCUGCUUAGCUAAGCACUGCUUCUUGGAGCAAAGUGAACUCUGAUGGUGGUGAAUUUCUGUUUCCCUAUCUCUGCUUUUUAUCUCAGGACUUUAUCUUUUUCAAUCUCAUUGUUUUUCCUCUUGCAUGCUUGAACUACUAACUCUUAAGAUGUCAGGACCUUCAUUCAGUCUGGGUUUUCAGUUUUUGUAUCUUGUGUGGCUUCAGCUUGCAUAUUUUUCACAGGAGUAAUUUUGCCGACGCACUUGAGUUACAGUCAUUGAAUCGCUGACACUUGAAUCUCUGGAUCAUUGACUCCUAGUGCUGUGGGGCCAGCUACAUUCAUCUUGAUACCAGUACUAAGUUGUUCUUUAACACUGAGAGGCAGUUCCACUAGGUUCCCAGCAAAUCUCCAGUGCUUCCCUACGUUACCUUUUAAAAGAUUUUUCUGGAGUUGUGCUUAACUAUCCCCUGCUUCUGUUCAAAGCCAUUACUUAUCUCUUUGCUCUGAGAACAGAUGAUUUCCUUGCUUGCUGUGGUGCUAUGCAUACGGGCUGCCAAGGAAGCAAUUAACCCCUCAAAGAAAUCUCAAGGUAUUUCUGUAAGGGUCUUUUUUUCAUAAACUUAUCAGUAGGAUUUUGUUUUAGAAGAUGGACCCUAAGUUACAAGGCAUUCAGCAGUGAUUUUAGUUUCUUAUGAAAGCCACAAUAGCUUUUGCUCAGCUGGCAACUAUCCUCUUUAGCCAGGAGCUCAGUUUCCCAUCUGCACCAUGACCUGGGAACAAGCUGGGCAUGGGGAGCAGACUACAGGAUUGAGGGCUCUUCUGAGGUAUGAGCAACAGUAUAAGCACCUCUGAUCCAAGUUUCAGUGGACUUUGUGAUAGAAUAACCUUUUAUGUGCCCAGAAAAUUGAAGUUAGCUUUACCUGAAUAUAUUAAACCUUUCCCUAGAUGAAAAUGACAUGUUGUGGUUGGAGGAUAUUGAACCCACCACUGAAUGCAGAUGGUUACUCCAGAAUUUUCACCAAAGUCUCUUACAUCAGGAAAUGAGAAAGACCUUGAUUCUGAUGAAACCUCACAAACUUGAGCAGGGAGUAAUUUGUGAGCUUCCAAAGGCAGGAGUCUGAACUGUUUGACAAAAACAUUGUGAGAUUUCGUUAUUGCAGGUUGGUUGGCUUCCUUUUUUUAACUCUUUUGCAUUUUUUUUUUGUUGUUGUCAUAUGGAAAGUGCAACCCCCAGACCACUUCAAAGGAAAUGCUAUACCAAGAACAGGGGAGACCAUGGGUGUCACAUAGUGGGAGGUGUCUCAGAAUGAAGCUGUGUAUCUUGCUGCUACAGAUAUGAACUGCCCAAGCCAGAUAAAAAGAGCUCACAGUAAUAUCUGGUACCAGAUAAGCAGAGAAAUCUCUGCAAAAGACCCAUCCACAGAGAACAAGCCACUUCUCUGCUUUCUGAAUUUUCCAAAUGCUUGUCUACUCUCUGUAGGACCCAGUGGCUGCCGCUCACUCAUACAUGACAACAGAACCUACUGCUCUGUGAUCUGCAGUGAAGAACUGCAUUCAAGGCUUUUUCAUGAAAUAUGAUGGGGCUUAUAGAUGUGAUUCUUCUAUCUACCUUCCUCUCGGUUUCCAUGACAUCUGAAACAUUUGAUCCUAUGGAAGGUGAGGCCUUCGUUAUAAAAUGUCCCAAAUGGAGUUCAUCUGUGAAAAUCACCUGGUAUCGUGCGGAUACUGACAAAGUAAUUCCUGCGGAAGAGGAGGGAUCACGAGUAUUUUCCGUAGAACGAUUUCUUUGGUUUCUGCCAACUUCUAGAGAGGAUUCUGGAAACUACACUUGUGUAACACAUUUUUCAAGUAAUCGCACAAAGUCAUACAACGUGAGUGUGCAAGUGAAUUCAUACAAACCAGGAGAAUGUUUCCCGAGUCGGAUUCGUUACCCAAAUGACACUGGAAGAGGAAAAAUUGUUUGUCCUACCAUUGAUAACUAUAAGAAUGCUUCUAUUGUCCAGUGGUAUAAGGACUGCAAACCUCUUCAGGGAAAGAGAUACUUCAAGAAAGAGAAAUAUAUUUAUAUAGAAAAUCCAAGAAGAGAGGAUGAUGGUUAUUACACUUGUCAAUUUAUUUAUACCCAUAAAGGAAAUGUGUUUAAUGUAUCAGCAACAAGAAUUUUCAUAAGUGGGGUGAAAUACUCACCUCUACCACCUCAAAUCAUAUUUCCAAAGAAUAAAGCUGUAAUAGAAGCAGAGCUUGGUGCUGCUUUGUCUCUGAAAUGUCAGGCCCGCCUGGGGAUUAAGAAACAGCCACUGGCUGCUGUCAGAUGGGAUGUGGAUAAUAUCCCAGUGAACAGCCUUGUUUCUUCAAGAUUUCAUGAAGAAACUCAUUUUUUUGAUGGACAUGAGCAAGUAUACUAUGAAGAGACCACUUUGAAUAUUACUGAAGUAAAAAAGGAGGAUCUGCAGUCAAAUUUCACAUGUAUAGCAUUGAACAUAAUGUACAACACAAGAGUCACAGUGACAUUGCAACUCAAAGUGCAAUCUAAGGAGGUUCUUCCUAAUGUGCUCCUGAUCACAGGAUCUCUAGUUCUGCUAGGUGCAAUAGCACUCUCAGUUAUCCUUUACCAGUCCUUCCGAGUGGAUAUUGUCCUGUUCUAUCGGGAGAUAUUCCAGCCCUACUCAGUCAAGGAUGAUGGGAAGAUAUAUGAUGCGUAUGUUAUCUACCCCAAAAACCCCACCAGUGAAGCUAAUUUUGUGGAAUAUUUUGUUUACCAAAUCAUGCCAGAUAUUCUGGAAAAGAAAUGCGGAUAUACAUUGUGUAUUUAUGGGAGAGAUAUAUAUCCUGGAGAAGAUGCAGCCCGUGCAAUUGAGACAAGGAUGCAGAAGAGCAGAAGGUUGAUCAUGCUGCUGACACACCAGCUGGUUAAUUCUAAAGAAGAUGCUUAUGAUCAACACAUUGCUUUAUACAAUACUCUCAUUCAGAAUGACACAAAGGUGAUCCUUCUGGAAAUGGAGACAAUUGGGACUUACGGGAAGCUUCAGGAAUCUCUUAAGUUUAUUAUUAAGCAGCAAGGUACCAUCAAAUGGAAAGAGGAGCACACAGUGCACCCACAGUCACCCAAUUCUAAGUUCUGGAAACAGGUGAGGUACCAUAUGCCACUGACACGCAGGCCCUCUCACUUGGCUGACACCAGGUGAACAGUGCUGCACUAUCAGGAUGGAGUACAAGCCCACAGCUGUUUUUCCUUUCAGAAGGUACAUGAUUGUGCAGUCUGGAAGUCUGGCUGUGUUUUUUGAACUUUUUUCAGGAAGAGGUCUAGGAAACUGAGGAGACAUUUUACAGUUAUGAGAGUUCUGUA